AUGGGUUCAAAGACUCGACAAUGCAUCUCCCGGAACUGGGGCCCCGUACUGGUUCUCCUCUCUCAGAUCCUAAGUGGCGUGAUGAACCUCUGCGUAAAGCUCCUCGAGACAAAGUCCUCCAACCCGAUCAGCCCUUUCAGCAUACUCAAAAUCCGCAUGAUCAUCACCCUUACCCUCUCGGCGGUCUAUUGCUGGAUGAAAGACGUCGACGACUUCCCCUUGGGGCCCCGCGAGGUGCGCUGGCUCAUGCUCCUGAGGGCUGCCGGGGGCUGCUGCGGUGCCAUAGGUUUCUACUUCUCCCUCGAGUACCUGCCGCUGGCGGAGGCUAGCGUGCUCAACCUGCUGGCCCCGCUGGGCUGCUGUAUCGCCAGCGCGCUGUUGAUGAGGGGCGGCGUGUCGACGGUGCAGGUCGUCGCCGCAUUCAUGAGCGCCGCGGCUGUGUUAAUCACCGUGCAGCCCAAGUUCAUAACCCAGCAUCUCGGUCUUGGGGACAAAGGGGUCGUGGAUUAUGCCGGUGCGGGCAGCAGGAACAUGUUGACAGGCAUCGCUUUCGCGUUGUUUGGGGCCUUCGGGGGCGCCAUAGAACUGACAAAUCUUUCUCCAACAAAGUGCGCCUACACUUGUGUUCGGCUGAUGGGGACCCGUGCUCAUCCGCUGAUCAGCGUGAAUUACUUCGCAUUUACCAUGAUCGCUGUAACGAGCGCCGCGAUACUCUUGGAACCCAGACCGAGCAUUUUGAAACUCGAUCUGUUGCAAGGAGCCCUUCUUGUAGCUGUAGGACUUGUCGGCUUCCUCGUUGAAUUUGUGUUGACUUCCGGUCUCGCCAUUGAGCGUUCUUCGUCAUCCACUCUGUUUAUCUUUUCGCAGGUGCUAUUUGCCGGAUUUCUAGACUGGAUUUUCUGGGCUCAUAUUCCGAAGCCGACUGCGGUUAUUGGAGGGCUCAUGCUGAUCUUAUCAUUGACAGCCAUCUUGAUGGACAAAAGCACUGAGACACCGCCCAAGGUGGCCGAGGGCGCAAGCCGCUUGGGAAUCUACGACUGGUUGCAGAAGAAAAUGGGGAAAAAGACGAUACGUGGGGCUGAUCUCAAGUCGAUAAGUCUGGAAAGUUUGUUGUCGUCUAAUGACGGCACAAAUAUAGACGAGGACUGA